UCGAGCGAGCCCGUCCUCCGCUCCCGGUUGGAUGGACAUUGAGUGUGUAGUGUCAGUCAGUGCGGGACAAAGGAGCCGCAGACAUGUCGUCGUCCUCAUCCUCCGAGCAGUACGAAGAGGGCGAAUACGAGAGUCAGCCCAAGAGACUGAAAAGCUGUCAGGAGGACGGGGAGCUGGACUAUACAUCGGAGGAGCAUGAGGAGUCCUAUUCCGCUACAGAGAGCAGUGCUCGGGGCGCAGCCGGCCAUGGGGACGGAGGUGGGAACCAUCACAAAGUGUCAGUCUCUCCAGUAGUGCAUGUUCGAGGGCUGUGUGAGUCUGUUGUGGAGGCUGACCUGGUGGAGGCGCUUUCUAAAUUUGGCACCAUAUGUUAUGUGAUGAUGAUGCCCUUUAAGCGCCAAGCUCUGGUUGAAUUUGAGGAUACUGAAUUUUCAAAGAAAUGCGUGACUUUUGCUAGCAAAGAACCAGUCUACAUCGCAGGACAACAGGCAUUUUUCAACUACUCCACAAGCAAACGGAUUACCAGACCAGCGAACACUGAAGACCCAUCUGGUGGCAACAAAGUCCUUCUUCUUUCCAUCCAGAAUCCCCUCUAUCCAAUUACAGUGGAUGUCCUUUAUUCUGUCUGCAACCCUGUAGGAAAAGUGGAACGCAUAGUAAUUUUUAAGAGAAAUGGAAUUCAAGCCAUGGUGGAAUUUGAGACUGUGCUUAGUGCCCAGAAGGCCAAAGCUGCACUGAACGGAGCAGACAUUUAUGCUGGAUGCUGCACACUAAAGAUAGAAUAUGCCAGGCCCACGCGCCUCAAUGUUAUUCGGAACGACAAUGAUAGCUGGGAUUACAGCAAACCCUACUUGAACAGACGAGACCGGGGCAAGGGGCGCCAGCGACAAGCCAUUCUGGGCGACCAUCCGUCAUCCUACAGAUAUGAUGGAUAUGGAAAUCAUGGCUCAUUGUUACCAUUGCCAAACCGCUACAGAAUGGGAUCUAGAGAUACCCCAGAGCUGGUUUCUUAUCCUUUGCCUCAGACAUCUUCAUACCUCUAUGGUGGGCCUCCGCUUGGUUCAGUAGCCAUGGUUAGUGGCCUCCACCAAGAAAAGAUGAACUGUUCUCGGGUGUUUAACUUGUUCUGCUUAUAUGGAAACAUUGAAAAGGUAAAGUUCAUGAAGACUAUUCCAGGCACGGCCCUUGUGGAGAUGGGUGACGAGUAUGCUGUGGAAAGAGCAGUUACUCAUCUCAAUAACGUGAAGGUUUUUGGAAAGAGACUUAAUGUUUGUGUGUCAAAACAGCACUCCGUUGUUCCAAGUCAGAUAUUUGAACUUGAGGAUGGUACAAGUAGCUAUAAAGAUUUUGCAAUGAGCAAGAAUAAUCGGUUUACUAGUGCUGGCCAAGCUUCGAAAAACAUAAUCCAACCGCCAUCUUGUGUUCUGCACUACUAUAACGUUCCAUUAUGCAUGGAAGAAAGUAUCUUCCAAAAGCUCUGUGAGGAUCACCAAGUUCCAAAAUUCAUCAAGUACAAAAUAUUUGAUGCCAAACCAUCUUCAAAAACGUUGUCCGGUCUGCUGGAAUGGGAAUCAAAGACUGACGCAGUGGAAGCGCUCACUGUAUUAAACCACUACCAGAUCAGAGUACCUAAUGGCUCCAAUCCUUACACACUGAAAUUGUGUUUCUCCACCUCAUCUCACCUGUGAAGCCUUUGUCUCAGAGGACCCCGAGCACCCGUUCCGUUUUAUACUCUGCAUGAUCAUCAAUGCCUUGCAAUGGUUACA